GUUUCACAACAGAACCCAACUGACAAUGGAAGAAAAGAAUCAGACUAUUGUAACAGAGUUUUUCUUCCUGGGUCUAACAGAUCAUCUCCAUCAGAAGAUUGCACUUUUCAUCACAAUCCUCCUUGUUUAUCUUGUCACACUGGGGGGCAACUUGGGCAUGAUCACUCUCAUACAGGUGGACCCCAGGCUGCACACACCUAUGUACUUUUUUCUCAGCCACCUGUCAUUUGUUGAUAUGUGCUCCUCUUCUUCCAUAGCUCCUAAGAUGCUCUGUGAUAUCUUUGCAGAGAAAAAAAAGAUCUCUUUCAUGGGUUGCGCAGCACAGAUGUGGUUCUUUGGUUUCUUUGUGGGAACUGAGUGUUUUCUGCUUGCUUCCAUGGCAUAUGACAGGUAUACAGCCAUUUGCAAGCCAUUGCUGUAUACUCUCCUUAUGUCUCAGAGGGUAUGUGUGCAUCUGGUUGUAGGGCCAUAUGCCUUUGCUAUUGUAAACAUCACAACUCAUACAACCUUGGCUUUUUGCUUACCGUUCUGUGGUUCAAAUACCAUCAACCAUUUCUUCUGUGAUGUUUCUCCACUUUUUUCAUUGGCAUGUGCUGACUCCUGGAUUAAUAAGGUUGUGCUUUUUGUCUUUUCUGGAGCCAUAGGAGUGUUCAGUGGUCUGAUCAUUAUAGUCUCCUAUGUCAGCAUCUUAAUGACAAUUUUGAAGAUUCAAACUGCUGAUGGGAAACGAAAAGCCUUCUCUACUUGUUCCUCUCACUUGGCAGCUGUCUCCAUCCUAUAUGGGACGCUUUUUUUUAUUUAUGUUCGACCCAGUGCAAGUUUUUCCUUGAACAUCAACAAAAUAAUUUCUCUGUUUUAUACUGUGGUGAUCCCUAUGCUGAACCCCCUCAUCUAUAGCUUAAGGAACAAGGAAGUGAAAGGUGCAUUCAGGAGAAAGGUGCAAAAGAAACAUUUUCCAGCAGGUAGAUAAGGUCGAAUUUGGUAGUGCCUAGCCUUACA